GGCCCCCCUCGCCUGACGGCGUGACGCUGCCCGGCACGUCGCCGCCGUCGGCGUGCGUGCCCACUUCCAAGAUGGCGGCGACGGCAGCAGUGUCUGGCGUCCUCGGCCGGGUAGGCUGGAGGCUCCUGCAGCUGCGGUGCCUGCCCGUGGUCCGCUGCCAAUCACCUCUGAUGCCGCGUGCCCUCCACACUUCUGUGGGCUUGAGGUCUUCAGAAGAGCAGAAGCGGCAGCCUCCUCAGUCUUUUUCUCAGCAGCAUUCUGAGACACCAGGGCCAGAAACACCCGGCUCAGAGUUUCCUCGUCAGCCCCCCAGGUACACAGACCAGAGUGGAGAGGAGGAAGAGGACCACGAGAGUGAGGAGCAGCUACAGCAUCGCAUCUUGACAGCAGCCCUGGAGUUUGUGCCUGCGCAUGGCUGGACUGCAGAGGCCAUUGCGGAAGGAGCCCAGUCCUUGGGUCUCUCCAGCGCAGCAGCCAGCAUGUUUGGGAGUGACGGCAGUGAGCUGAUUCUGCACUUUGUUACCCAGUGCAAUGCUCGCCUUACCCACAUACUGGAAGAGGAGCAGAAGCUGGUGCAGUUGGGCCAGGCAGAGAAGAGGAAGACAGACCAGUUCCUGAGGGAUGCAGUGGAAACCAGACUGAGAAUGCUGAUCCCCUACAUUGAGCACUGGCCCCGGGCCCUCAGCAUCCUCCUGCUUCCUCACAACAUCCCGCCCAGCCUGAACUUGCUCACCACCAUGGUGGAUGACAUGUGGCACUAUGCUGGGGACCAGUCCACUGAUUUUAACUGGUACACCCGCCGUGCGGUGCUGGCUGGCAUCUACAACACAACAGAGCUGGUGAUGAUGCAGGACUCCUCCCCGGACUUUGAAGAUACUUGGCGUUUCCUGGAAAACCGGAUUAAUGAUGCAAUGAACAUGGGUCACACAGCUAAGCAGGUGAAGUCCACUGGAGAAGCACUGGUGCAAGGACUGAUGGGUGCAGCGGUCACGCUCAAGAACCUAACAGGUCUAAACCAGCGCCGAUGAGAGAAAGGGGAACCCACGUACCUGGAAGGAGCAGCAGUACAUAUGACGGGCUUUGACAAGAUGCACCAUCCAUCAAACAAGAUGUUAACGAGAACACAGGGAGGAACUUGGAGUUACGAUGAUAGCCAUGAGGCCGGAAAUCACAGUGCACUUGCUCCUGUUCUAAUCUGGUAUCGGGCCACUUCUUCAGUUCCUAAUACCAGACCUGGCCCCCGAUGCCUUUCUGCAUUGCAACUGUGUGACUGAAAAAUGAGACUUAAAUCCAAGCUUUCAAGCCACAGAAACUUGGCAUGACUCUGCCGUAGUCUCAGGCAUCUUGAUUAUGCCUUGACCUUAGAACUGCUCUCUGGGAGCUGGGCAUGGUAACCUAUAUUCUCACCACUCAGGGGACUGCCACAGCAGGAUUGAGAGUUCAAAGCCAGGCUUGUCUCAAACAAAAUCUGAGAAAAGUUCUUAGGAGCUCACAGCCAGGGACAGAAACCACCACACAGCAGCAGCUCCUCCCCAGUGCAGGACAGACAGUGUGCUCACAGAGGUAUUUGCUACUGACCAUUGCUCGUCUGGGUCCCCUCAGAAAGCUGCCUCCCCUGAGACAGGUGCCUUCUGGACAGUCAUGCUGAACCUGGCCAGAAAUGUGAUCCCAGGCCUGGCAUCACAGAUACCAGAAUGUAUCACAAGGUCACUAGUGUAUUUAGAAUCUGUAAAAAUAAUAAAUAUGUUUGAAACAAUA